AUGGACAAUUCAAUCAUCAAAAGCUUUGUAGAGUCUUCCGCGGCCGAAUGGACAUUGAUACUUUCUCUCGUCUUUGGAGGAUGUUGCUCCAAUGUAUGGGCACUCGAAGCUGUCUUAAGGGACUAUCCUCAUUCCGGCACAUUCCUCACUUUCGCUCAAUUCAUCUGGGUAGCGCUGCAAACAGCUUCCUCUCAACUGGUUCUACCCCCAGGAAAAGGUUUCCGUCUACCUCAACUAAGACAGCGCAAAGUACCGAUGAAAAGAUGGAUCGUUCAGACCGUCAUGUUCGUUCUCAUCAGUCUUAUGAACAACGCUACGUUCGGUUUGAAGAUACCCAUGGUCGUCCAUAUCAUCUUCCGUAGCGGAGGACUGUGUAUGUCCAUGUUGGUCGGUAGGUUGUUUGCCGGGAAGAGAUAUUCGUUUGGACAGAUCGUAACCCUCAUCACCGUCGGUAUCAUCUUAGCCACACUUUCAGCUCCUCGACCACAUCGUCCAACAGGCCCGACUUCUCUUUUCAAAAGCCCCAAAUCGCAGAGCUGGGUUCCAGAGCAUUACGAAUACGCCGUUGGCGUAGGAUUUCUAUCAAUAUCACUGGUACUGGGCUCUUGGCUGGGUUUAUGGCAAGAAGAAACGUACAAGAGGUAUGGGAAACAAUGGAGGGAAUCUUUGUUCUACAGUCAUUUCCUCUCCAUCCCCUUCUUUCUACCUUUAUACAGCAACAUCACUUCCACUUUCCUUGCAUAUACGCGAUCCCCUCCUCUACUUCUCUUCGCCCUUCCCUCCGCUGCCCCAGCGUCUAUAUACACAUUUGGACCUCAUCACACUACGCAACAGUGGUUGGAAUGGAAACCCGUUUCUGUUCCCGGAGCCCUGGUUGCUUUGCUGGUGAAUGUCACCACGCAGGGAUUAUGCAUUAGAGGUGUCAAUCGUCUUACCUCGCGCGUCAACGCUACAACGGUCAACCUCGUCCUUACAGUCCGCAAGGCGAUCUCGCUCGGUAUAAGUGUAUGGUACUACGGAUCUGGUGUGACACCAGGUCUUUUUUGGGGAGGGAUCAUGGUCCUCUGUCAGUCUCUCCUUCUUCCACUUCAUACGUACCACUGA